CUGUUGGCGGUCCUGGCCAGAGCGUCCCCGACCUCUGACAGGCGGGGCGACCCGGCGGGCUGCUAGUGCGCUGGCCGUCCUCAGUCUGCCCGUCGGCUCGCUCUGGCGCCGCGUCUGUCCGUCGAUCGAUCCGCGGACGCCCGCCCCACGCUCGGCGGGUGGGCUCCCGGCCCCUGGAUCUCUCGGGGAGCAGACUGCAUGGCUCCUCUCUGCCUCAAUUGCUCCACCCUCCCUGGAGACAGGUCCCUGGGUACAAGGACCCCGGUGCCCUGCAAUGGCAGCAGGGCCCUGGGGCCCUUUGACCCCCAGGACUUGAACCUGACUGAUGAGGAGCUCAGACUCAAGUACCUGGGGCCCCAGCAGACAGAGCUGUUCGUGCCCAUCUGUGUCACGUACCUGUUGAUCUUCGUGGUGGGCACCGUGGGCAACGCACUGACCUGCAUGGUCAUCCUGCGCCACAGGGCCAUGCGCACGCCCACCAACUACUACCUCUUCAGCCUGGCCGUGUCGGACCUGCUGGUGCUGCUUCUAGGUCUGCCCCUGGAGCUCUACGAGAUGUGGCGCAACUACCCUUUCCUGCUGGGCCCUGGUGGCUGCUACUUCCGCACGCUGCUCUUCGAGACUGUCUGCCUGGCCUCGGUGCUCAACGUCACUGCCCUGAGCAUAGGGCGCUACGUGGCCGUGGUGCACCCGCUGCACGUCAGGUCCGUAGUGACUCAUGCCCACGUGCGCCGCGUGCUCGGGGCCAUCUGGGUCCUCGCCCUGCUCUGCUCUCUGCCCAACACCAGCCUGCACGGCAUUCGGCAGCUGGACGUGCCCUGCCGGGGCACGGUGCCCGACUCGGCCGUGUGCACCUUGGUCCACCAGAGAGCCCUCUACAACCUGGUCGUGCAGGUCACCGCGCUGCUCUUCUUCUGCCUGCCCAUGGCCACCAUCAGCGUGCUCUACCUGCUCAUCGGGCUGCGGCUGCGGCGUGACCGGCUGCUGAUCUACAGGCAGGAGGCCAAAGGCAGGGCCAGGACUAGCAACGGCCGCAGGCUCCAGCUGCUGCAGGAUAGGGGUCGGACACAGGUGACCAAGAUGUUGUUUGUCCUGGUCGUGGUGUUUGGGAUCUGCUGGGCCCCGUUCCACAUCGACCGCCUCAUGUGGAGCCUCGUGUCCCACUGGACCGAGGGCCUGCACCUGGCCUUCCAGUACGUGCACGUCGUCUCCGGCGUCUUCUUCUACUUCAGCUCGGCCGCCAACCCUGUGCUCUACAGCCUCAUGUCCAGCCGCUUCCAGGACACCUUCCGGGAGGCCCUGUGCCUGGGGAACCGGUGCCGCCGCCACAGAUCCCGCCGCAGCUCUCACAGCCUCAGCAGGGUGACCACGGGCAGCACCCUGUAUGACAUGGGCUCCCCCCGCAGCAGGGCCCAGCCCCUGGCUGAGAAUGAUGGCCCAGAGGGGUGGCAAGAGACGGACCCCUCCCGAGAGGAGCCUCAGGCAGCUUCACCCUGAGGGGCCAGAGGGCCACGCCCAGCUUUGGGGACCACACCUGCCUCCUCUGCAGCAUGUCUUUGUGGCCUGUCCCCCUUCGUGCCCCGUCCCCACUUCAGCCUAGAAACCCUGACCAGCACCUCAGUGAUCCUGCCCCACCCAUGGAUCAGAAGGACUGUAAGGUUGCUGUCUGUCCUCUAGACUCUCAGGUCCCCAGUUCCAGCCCUUCCCCUGGAAGGGGAACAUCAUGGUCGGAUAACUGCGCACCGCAAGACUCUAUCUGGGGAGAUAGAGUCUCCCCAGCCCGUUUCUGACGUGUUUCCGUGGCGCCCUUCCUUUCCUUCCCAUUUCUUGCAGAGCUUCUGCAAGAUCUGGCCCAUUCUGUCCCUCUCUAGCUCUUGGCCUGCACCUGGGAUUCUGACCCGACCCGCUCCCUGGCCCCCAGUCGGCUUGUUUUGCUCUGGGAGCUCCACCCGGUGGAGCCACUAGGUGGCAGGUGUGUCAGGGAUCCAGGAGACCUGGCUCCGGUCUCAGCUGAGCCACCGGGUCACCUGGUCCCGGCAUCAAGCGAACUGCCUCGCCUUACAAGCCUCGGGCCCUGCUUGCAAAAUGAAAGGGGCCAUGACAUUCUAGAGUGCCGCGCUUUGGCACUUUAGCUGUGGUUUUGUGCGUGUGCCUAAGUCCCUGCUUGUAACAAAACAGAUCCCUCAGAUUAGCAAGGCGGAAAUUACUCUUUACAUCCUCACUAACCCCCAACCCUUACUCCCUCCCUGACCUCUACAAGCCUCCCACCCCACCCCCUCGAGAGCCACUCAGGGAACAUGCUUCGCUUGUCCUAGAGCAAGUGAGGCUUGGCACUGGCCAAGGGACUGUGUGUGAGCAGAGGCCCCUGCCUGCCUCUGUCUUCACCUCCUCACAGGUUGGCUUGGGGGCCUGAGGUGAGCAGAGAAUUGGGCCUGACUGGCCAGAGAAUCUCUGGGGGCGAGAGACAUGGGCCAACCAAGGGCAACGAGUGACUCCGCGAGAACUGCUUGGGACUCUGUGAGGUGAGAAGAGAGACACGUGAGUCCUGAAACGAAGCUCCAUCCCGAGUCCCUGUGGGUAACUGGGUGCUCAGUCAGGAUCCAGUUAAUGGCCAGAACUUGUCCUGCUGCAGCCCCUGACCUGUCCUCCUCCUAAGAGGGGACUGCAGCAGAAGGAGCCCUGGCCUCCUUUGCGGGGAGCUGCAGGACACCCAGGGUGCUACAGGUUCUCCCUGCAGACUCUCCACAGCUCAGGCCCCAGGUCCCCUGACUGCAAAGUGGAGAAGAUUGUACAAAAGUGUCCUGGAGUUUUUGAAAUUCAGUUGUAAAAAUAAUACAUACUCAUUUUAGAAAAAUUGGAAAGUACAAAUAAGCAAAAAUGAAAACAAUUUAAAAUAAUUAAAACCCACCCUUGCUAGGGGAUGGGGGAGGGGGAAAUAGAGAGUUGUUUAAUGGGUACAGAGUUUCAAUUUUUUAAGAUGAAAAAGUUCUGGAGAUUGGUGGCAAAACAAUGUGAAUAUGCUUGAACAAUAUUGAAUUGUACACCUAAAUGGUUAAGAUUUAAAUUUUAUAUGUAUUUUACUACAGUUUUUUUUAAAGAAAGGGUUAAGUCUAAAGGAAAAGAAAAAAUUAAAAAGCCACCCAUAGCUUUACUUUCCAGGGUAACCACCACAUAUAAGACAGGAUGGGGGGAUCUGAGAAAGGAGCUUGUGAAAAGAGGCUGUGCAGAGCUACGAGUGCCCAAUGGCACCUCUGAAAUGAGCUCCCAGGCGGCCUUGGGGUGUCGUCGGGGGAAGCAGCUGAGGCCAGACUUCAGGCUGGAGCCUGCUGUUGUCCCCAAAGACAAACUGGACUCCCCGGGGCCUCUCUUAAGUGACAGAGACGACAUGCUCCGGAGGCUCUGGUCAGUAUUUAUGAAGGGGCUACUAUGGGCAGAGAAGCAGCGGGCAGGUUGGGGAAGCUUGGGAUGUGAGUUAUCAGAAGGCCUGGGCUCUGUAAAUUUGAUGUCUCUCAGGUGUCUCCACGGCAUGUCAGUGGAUAGGUCCCACUUGUCAUGAGUCACUGGUUACCAUGGAAAGUGGAAGCAGCAGCUGUGGGCUCAGCCCUGGAGAAGAAAGGAUGGAGGUGGAAAGGCCAGCCAGCAAGAUCCCACUCUGUCCUGGAAGCAGCAUCCCCUGCAGCUCGCUCUUCUGCACUGGUCAGGGGGGCAGCAGCAUUCCUGAGUGCUCAGUGCUACUCCCGGGACAGGAGUCCUGGCUCGUCUGGGACUCGGGUCACCUCCCGUCCUAGCUCUGGCUGCAGUCACACAGAUCUCUCCUCCUCCCAUGUUCGAGAGUUUGGGCCCGCUCUACUUCCCGUCUACUCCACUCCUGCCAUUACCCUGGGCGAAGCUGAAGUCCCCGUGGAUGGCCCGCCGCUGCCCUGGUAUCAGCUCCUGAUCUCUCCUGCAGCUCUGGAGGCUCUCCUCCACCGUGGCCUUUUGGCCCCUUGGUAACAUCCUGACUCCCAGAACCUCUGGGCGUUUUUCCAUUUCUGGAAGUGUGAGCUCUUUGACCAUGAUUGCCUCCUUCCUGCUCUGCUGCUUUAUAAAUGAUACAUUUAUUCUUUAACCUCAUCUAACCUUCCCAGUUCUCGACCACUCUGCUUUCUCCCCAUCCAUCAGCUUCCUCUCAUCUUCACUUCCUUUCUGAUGGGUCCUAGAUCCCACGGUCCAUCACACACAACCCUCUCUGCCAGUAUUUCUGAGGGCCAAGGGGAACAUACUGGGAUCACCCUUUCCUUCUCAGAAAAAAGGCUUAUUUUCUUUGGGAACUCACCAAGAUGAGUCUCAUCAACAAACAAAGCUGCAUUUGCCCACCCUUCCUUCUGUGAAGUACCUGCUCAGGAAAUAUAAAGUGUGCAACACUUCACAUCUAUUCUUACAUAGUCAGAUGGCGUUUCCAAAUCAAUCCUGACACAUGGGAGCCCAUCUUAUUUUGUACACUUCUUGGUGUCUCCCUUUUCCCCAUCCUUGUCUUCUAGUGGGUCCACCGAGUCUUCUUUGUUCCAUGUCUUCCCUGUAGAGAGGAGUUGCCUUUUUGGAGGGCUUCCUAGUAUUUGCACUCCCUUCCCAUUGAGGGGGAUCCCUGUGUGUGUGACUCUUGGUUUGAGACCAAGCCCAGGCUCCUACCACAGAAGCUGAAAGGGCUCUGGACACCGCAUCACUGACACCACUGUGUGACCCAGGACUUGCACUCAGGCAGCUGGAUGGUCUGACCUGGGACUUCCACUGGGAGUUAUACUAAGACCCAUGACAACAGGGGCAGACAUGUCCAGGGCAGCAGUGCUAAGAGCAGCAUCCCAUCCAGGCUGCUCCCGGGGCCCCUGCUGCCCAGCCCGCCUUGGCUUCUGCCCAUUUUCUCUGCUGGUUUUUCAGCCUUCUUGUUGUUCUGAGCUACUAAGAGCCUUUCAAUAAAUUCCUUUUUUGCUUAA